AAAGUUUUUAAACUGAUAUUUUGGAAUCAUUCAGAUGAACGGCAAGUGAAACUAUCGAUCAACAACUUCGCGGUGAGAGUCGGGACGCCGAAUAGGACCGGAAGGAUACCUCUUGAUGAAUGGAGUCCACUUCUAGGAUUCAAGAACAACGUCAAUCUUUACCCAAACAAAAUGAAGGAUUUGAAAGGAAAAGAAGUGAGAUUCGCUACUGUGCAGUAUUUGCCACACGUCAACCUCGAACCUUUUGAUGGCGAUGAAGCCAGGAUAUUUAUAGAAUAUUGCGAAAGGCAUAACUGCACAAUAAAGGUUUGUGACGACGAUGGACAUCAGUGGGGCAGCAUUACAGGAUACAGGCAAGGAAAUGGACUAAUUGGAAGAGUUUAUAAAGGGGAAGCUGACAUUGGAGGAGGAUCAUUUACAGCAAUGAUAGAUUACUAUCCUCAUAUUGACUUUUCCAAAACCUACAUGCUUUCCGGUGUCGCUUUGCUAGUACCGAAGGCUGUUCAGCUGAGUGCCUGGAGGACUCCGUUUCUCCCGUUCGGUCUCGUGAUGUGGAUCGUCUUUUUCUGCUGCGUGAUCUGCUCUUCUUUAGGACUUUACGCUGUUACAGCACUCACCGUCAAAUAUACACGUUUUGGCCAUAAUAUUAAGAAGAAAGGGGUAUUCACCUCAUUGACCGAUUCGAUGAUUAGAUCCUUUGGUAUGACAGUGUUACAACAGCCGGCGUACCAGUUUGUCAAUUUGCCUGUUCGGCACAUCUUCACGUCUUUUGAAUUUCUCUAUCUAAUCCUGACUGCUUGUUACUCUGCGGAACUAGCUUCCUACUUAACAUCCCCUCAAUAUACAAAACCGAUAGAUACCUAUGAAGAACUAGCCUGCAGUGGACUGACCUGGAUCGCAGAUCAUCCUUUGUGGACCUUUGGAAUUUCCGCCAGCCAGGAGCCUCGUGACAUAGCUGUAGUGAAGCAAUUCAGGGUAUUUCCGUUCCCCGAUAUAUUGAAAAAAGCAUUAACGGGAAAGUACGGAUUAGUAAUUGAGAGGAUUGCCGAAGGGCAUUACUCCCAACAUGCUCAUAUUACGGAAGAGGUCGUCGCUAAAUAUCACCUCAUGAAAGAAAUGAUAAAUACCGCCCCGCUGGCUAUGGCACUUGAGAAAGGAUCGGCAUACGCCGAUAGCUUUGACGACCACAUCAAUCUCCUCCAUAAUGGUGGAAUUUACACAUACUGGGAGAACAAAAUGGCCAGAAAGUUACUCGAUUACAGGAUUCAAUUGGCCUUGACGUUUGCUAAAAAGGGAAGUAAGGGGAGCGAAGAGCCGAAGAUCCUGACCAUCGAACACAUCCAAGGAGCCUUUUUUUUAUACGCAGUAGGCAUCUGUAUUUCAUUUGGUUUCCUUGCUUUCGAAAGGGUAAAAUACAAAAACAGUACAAAACUGCCACAAAAUGUUAGGAACAUAUAAGACAAAAAAUGAGGCAAAAUCAACUAACGGUGUUGCUGAGUAAUUAAUUUUAAUAAAGUAUAGCAAAACUAUUACUUUUAAGACUAAUCUAAUACUGAAAAUUAUAAUUAAAAAUUAAAACCUUAAAGUUGUCACAGUAGCAAUGAAAGAAAAAUGUAUUGCUAACACAAUGCUCUACCAUCACCACAUUUAAAGAAUUCUUUGCAAAAUAUUAUUAAUAUCUAUAUUUAUUUAUAACCUUAUAAGUGUAAAUUUCUCACUACACAACUUAACCCUUUUUUUCUUUUCAUUCCCGAAUCGGGCUGGACAGCGUCACCACUCUUGACACAUGUAUGUUUCCCAUUGGGGAUCGCACCUGGCACAUAGGCCUUACUUUUAGUUGCUCAAGUUAGAAGCGACUCACCUCUGCUUACAGUAGACAGUCUGAACACCGUGAGGUUCGGUGUAGAAGCCACAAUAUCCCCAGACUAAUCAGACAUGCCGACUUCUCCCGCUUGCCCCGUCAGAAGGAGUGGGUCAAUAUUGUGCCCUUAACCGUGUGCCGCUCGUAAAGGGAUACCCAAAAAGUCAUGCUUUGAAUAGCUGGGCGGAUCUUGGUGCAUGGAGUCGCAGUUCAUCAACGCUAAGAAAAAAUAAAGACGGAAUCGCCCUUUCAUAACUCUCCACUUGCGCAGAAUCACAAUAAAUCAUAAGCCAUGAUAAAUGCCUGCAACCCCUAAUCGCAGGCCCCUGUUAUCAGGGCCACGCUGAAACCCCUAUAACACUACCUGACAAAACCAGGAUGAGGCAUGAUGCGGUGACCACGGACGAGGACCUGGUAACUGUCCUGAAUGCUGCGACUCACGCUGGUUAUGAGUAUGACCAUGACUACUAUGACGUCAUCUAUAUAUUUAUCAAUCUAAACUGCUCAUACGUAAAUAGGCGUAUUUAUCAUUUAUUCUUAUU